UUAAUGGGUUCACGUGGCCAGGUAUAGACAAAUUCCUUCUUGACAGAGUUGUCACAGGGGCUUUGAAGAUUGCACUGUUUGGAGCGCCCAUAUGUUUCUUGGGAAGGACCGUCAGUAGUUAUCUUGUGGACAAUGGCCGCUAUCAGAAGACUCGGCUCCUAGUUUUACUGUUGGCUUGUGGAUUUGAUAGAGGCUCCAUGCAGUGUCUUGUAAAAAAUUAUUGAUUGGUGUGAAAAGAAUAAGUCGGCCUUAACGAGGGAUACUUGAACUGAUUGAUUUCCAUCUAAUGUAGUUCUCCUUUGGUGACGACAGGGAGAUUUGUCGUCUGGCUUCAUCUUUGUGUCAUCAGAUCACUCUCGCUGUCACUUUUUUUUUUUUACUUACUCAGCAAAAAUCCCAAAUGGCCAAAUGACAGUUCAAAGAGCAGAGAUAAAUUUUAUUUUUGGAUAUGACUAAAUCUAGGUCAUAAUUUAUUUUUCAUUUCAUUCACUUUCGUUUUUUGUUUUUUUUGCGAAUGAAAUACAAACAUUAUUGUGUUAUCUGUACUAGAUAUUAACGUCUGCAGACUCUAGGCUAAUGUAUAGAGUUAUCAGUUGAAUGCAUUUGUAUUUGAUUAUGUGAUUGAUUUAAUGAUACACGUGUAUGUCAUAUUUACACCUCAUGUGAGAUGUCACAUUACACUGUCGCUGGCAUGAACAAUAUCCAGUAGUGUUAAAGCCAAGUUUUCCAAAAUCUUUCAUAAGUUGGACCAAAGAGAAAAAGGCUAGCUAAAUACUGUAAUGUGAUAUGUAUUUGUGAUCAUAAGACUUAUUUUCUGUGAUUUGGUGGAUGAAAAUUAUGUUUUCAAGAAGUGUGAAAAAGAAACAAUCGAAAAAUGACAAGGAUAAGAAAAACCCAUCGAGCAGUGAGAAUGGAGAAAAUGAGGAGGAUUAUAAGUUGAAAAUGAGUGAAUCUUCAAACUAUGUCAGGUUUCUGCAGCUGACCCUUGAGGGGUCACAGUCUGAUGAAGAGGGGUCACCCGGUGACCUUGACGGAUACAUAGAGGAUGACUUUGUUGGUGAGGCAUUUUUGUCUGAAUGUGAUGCAGAUGUUGAUGCAUCUGAUCGAACUGAAGCAGAUGAGCACAUGUUUGAGCAGAAUGAGGACAAAGCUGCUGAGGAGCCAAUGUCUGAGGAGGAAAAAGAGAGACAAAUGGAGGAGUGGAAAGAGGAGCUAGCCAGGGUUGAAGGGGAGAUAACCACCCUCAGACAGGUUCUUGGCUCAAAAGUAAGGUAUGCCUCGGAACUGAAGAGGAAGAUGGGCAUCACACCAUUCCAGGAGUUGAAGCAUGACUUCUCUGAGGGAAUAAAGUCCAUCCAGCAGUCCGAGACGUACCAGAAGACAAACGAAACACUCACGAACCUUCAAAACAAAAUUACAAGCUCCACAGCAUAUCAGAAAACAAAUGAAAAACUUCACGAUAUAAAUGACAAGAUCACACAUUCCUCAGCAUACCAGAAAACAUCCUCAGCUGUGAAGACAGCCUCGGAGAAAACUAAUGAGACAGUGAGAAAUGUGGCCUCCUCUGUGUCUAAGAAAAUAGGGGACCUCAGAAACACUGGUGCUUUCAAAUCGGUGGAAGAGAAAGUAGGCGGUGCUUAUGCCAAUGUGAAGACCUCCAGAUCUAUAGAAAACUUUAAGGAGAGACUUGGAUUAGCCAAAGUGACUGGAAGCAAAUCUGAGGACAAUUUCGAGAGUGCGUUAGAGAAAGAAACCGGGAAUACGGACGCAAACGCUGCUAACGGAACCCAACCUUCAUCUUUACCCGAGGAGAAAGUUCCUCUCUAAAUCUAUUCUUAUUUAUGUAGUCUUAAUGGAAUUCCAUCUCUUAGGCCUCCCUGUAAAGAAGCCAUGGCUUGAAUAGAUGGAACUGUCUUAAAUUGACCAAAGUUUAUUAACAAUUACUGUGCUUUAGGAAAAGAAAAAAAAUGCAUCAUGCUUUCAGGACAAUUAUUUCAUAAAAUCUACAUGAUUGUAUAAGCAUAUGCCGUUUAAGGAAUCCAAAAUUGUAAGUUAUGAAUAUUACAUGCAAUAUGCUAUAAAACAAAAAAAUGGGUUUACUUUGAAAUGUGUAGUAUUUUGGAUUAUGUCAUUAUUCUAUUUGCUAUAUAAAUUCAGUUGUGUUAAAAAAUCUGUGAUUAUAUACUAGUAUCAGUGCUUGGAACAUGUGAGGUAAAAAAAAUUUCAUUGCUUAAAUUGAGAUUAUCUGUUACUUCUUUAUUUUGACAUAAUCAUUUAAAAUCGCAUAAAAAUCUUUUAAAUACAUUGAUAAACAUAUGAGCCAUGUCAUCAUUUGAACAUUAAAGAUUUUUUUGUUUAGUCUGUUACAUAAUUAACAUUAGCUUCACUUUAUGUAUUAUUUCCCCCCUGUAUUUACUUUUUUGUUCACAUGAAUAUGAAACUUGCACCCCAGAAAUAAACCAUUUGACUUUUAUAGUAGAGAGGAGAGUGGUCAUUUUGUGAUAUUAAAGACAUUCACAUACAUGUGCAUACAUGUAUUUUGGAAUAUUUAGGACCAAUCAUUUAGGUAUCAAAAUAUUAUCAUAAUGGUAUGUGCUACCAUAUGUGCUUUGAUAAAGAUACAAAAAGAGAAACUUUUUUAGUAUGGUGCUUUGCAGAGGUUAAAACUAUUUUUGGUUUCAGUAUGAAUUGUUUUGCUUUGCUGUUAGAGCUAAAAGCUGUCAACUAUGUGCUGGAAAUUUGUAUUUAUCUGUCAAGUGGUGUAUGAUUAAAGCAACUUCUGUGGUCCAUAUAGUUUAUUAGUAAAGCAUAGCAUCAGUACCUUUGUAUUAAUUAAAGGAGUUUAUCAGUGAUUUCAAUUGUACAGGUACUUGGUAUAUCAAUUUAUUUUGGCAAAUUACUUGUAUAAAUUGGAAAACAAGUCAUGUAUAUAUAUCAUGAAAAUUAAAUUACCGGUAUCAAAAUUUUGACAUUUUUGAAUGGAAAAUUUUCAUUAUAAAGAUGCGGAUAUUUCUUUUAUAAAUGCAUUGUGCAAUGUUUCUUAGAAAAUGACACAAUUGGGUUACUUGUAUGGGAGUGUUCAUAUAUUUUAUUAUUUUAAAAUUUAUUUUAAGUAAGGUUCGAUAUAAUGAGAACUAGAAAUGAUGUAUCUUUUAAUAUUCAACCAACCCUUUUCUGUAAAUUGUACACAACUUUCAUGGUUGAGGGGUUAACUUUGGUGUUGAUAUGUCUUCCACAUCAGCGUACGUCCACCUUUUCUUUCGCAUCCUCAAAACUUUUCCCGAUACACGUGUAGAAAUAAUUCAGAAUAACAAAUAUGUAGAAUAGUUGACAAAAAGGCAUCAUGACUGUAAUAAUUACAAACAGUUGGCCUGAGAGAAUAAGAUAUCAUUACUUGUUUAUUAACCGUUGGCUAUUUAUAUUUGACAGUAAUUCUGCCAUUCUUUGAUUGUAAGCUACACUGGAUACAGUUACGGUACUUGCUUUGUAGUGCUUGUAAAUGUACAUUCACUGUAAUGUUAUCUUGUCUGUUCUGUUACAACAAAAGCAAUGCAUUUCUCUCCUGUGUUGAUGUUAUGAAUUAAUACCAUUAAAUAAAUUGUACAGCAUUCA